ACGACUGAUUAGAACAGGUGCCCGUGGGCAUCGAUAAUGGCGUGAAAGUUAUUUCAUAUAGCAACUAUGUUGUUUUAAUUUGAAAAUUUAGGUCGGGAUUUGACACUGAACCUGUUGGCAGUACCAAUUCUGAACUCGUCGACAGCUCCGAAGUGCAACAAUGUAAUAUCUGAAUUAUUGAUGAACGUUUUAUCUAACGUAAUUAGGAGUCCUCGCGAAUUGUUUUAAUUAACUAAAUCACUGCACUGUUUGGAGCAACAAACAAACGGAAAUGAACAGGUGUGACACUCCUUACUAUAGGGGGUGUGAUGCAGUAAGCAAAUAUAUGUGUACAGAAAAGCUCAAGUACUUAUCGAAAUCUUGAGUAAAUACUGCUGUCGAUUAGGCCGUAUUACCUUUUACUCCCAGUGCGCAGUUCCACCGAGCUGCGUGGAAGAUAUACCCGACCCUUACUUAGUUACUGUAAAUAAAAGUGCUGGACGAAGGGGGCUUUAACCCAAAGUGUGACAAGUUACUCCAGAAAAUGGAUUAAUACACACCGUCGCAAGACACCCUAUAUUGGCAAACUGACUUCGACCACAGCCAAAAUCCGUUUGAUGUAAAUCCAUGCAAUAUGGCAUUGACUGGGCGAAUGUGAGGAACUCUCUUUGAUAUCAAUUUGUCGCACACUUACAUCAGAACAAGCCAAUCGGAAUAAAAAUGGCGGUCGCUUUGACUUACAGAGAUUAUCACAAUCAAGCCUUCAGCAAGUUCGAGCUGAAAAUGAUGGAACUGGAAGUUCUAAAGAAUGAGGCCAACAAACAUGUCGGUCGCCUGAACUCACUAAAAAUGCGCUACAUGGACUGGUUUUUGCGGAGCCAGCAGUCGUUUUUAGACUCAAUGAAGUUGAUUCACAUUUUGGGAGGUGAUUUGUUACCACGUGAAAUAAACACAAUCCGGAACUACAAGAGGGUCAUGAGAUUUUCCGGUCAGUUACCAAGCAACGGGACGCCGCGAGACGGCAGUCAAGGAAAAAUGUUUGGAUUUCUGAUGUUCUGGGAAGAGCUUCUUAUGUUGAAACGUGAUAAUGACGCUCUGUACAAGAAAAUAUGCGAUUUCUGCAGUAGUAUUCGUCGGUUGAGAGAACCAAUGUUGAAAGACGAAAUCGACCGCUUGCAUCAAAGACUGAACCUUUUACUCUCUGAGGACUUUGAUUUCACCUCUCUAUCCAACGAUCGUCAUAACCUGUUUACGUACCGCGUGGCGUUACAUGAUCACAGGUACCAUGGACUCGUUUCCUACAUCCCCUAUCUGCUGAGCAUUGCCAACAAACUGUGUUAUUGGACUUCUAAACUCCACAUAGAGUUCGUAUAACUCAACAACUCUAUGUAACUGCGU